GUUUGCAGCGCAGCCAAUCUGCGGGGCGCACUGUACCCAAGCCACGGGAGACGAGGGAGAGGGAGGUGCCAGCCGCGAGGAGGCAAUCCGGCGGGGUCCACCUUCAAGAGCAGAUUCGACAGCAGUGGCAGUAUGGCCUGCGAACUGAGAGUCCAGAGCGCGAGGGAAAAGAUGAGCCGAAACCGACCAAGUCGGGCAGCGUCAUGUCAAGGCAGAACUCCGCCAGGGCGCCGCCGCCAAACGCGAACCGACGAAGCUACGAGGCCUGGCGCCGGGCCUCCUCGCUGACCUCGUUGCUGGCGUUUGAGGCGGAG